AUGACGCUCUUGUCGGCCAUGGUUUUAGUUUCCAUCGGGUCCGGAGAAGAGGCACCGACUGUGCAGCAAAGACGAGUUAAACUGAGGAUGACAUUAAUGCAUUCAAGAAUAAGCGUGCUUCCCAGCAGGAAACAGGAUGCAUCUAGACACUUAAGCUGCACCGCGCAGCUAAGCAGGAGGUCCGAGCCAUUGAACGAUGAGAAGGACCCCGGACCCGUGAAGUUCACUUCCAGUAAAGCAAGCCACCGUACCUGGUCAGUGGACCAGUCCCUCGGCAGCCGCUUUCAAAGGCCGUGGUGGAAAGUUCUUCCGAUCAGUCUCAUUGGACUUGUCAUCUUGCUGUGGUGCUUCCUUCGGGAAGAGUCGGACGUAGACAGAGAGCUGGAGAGAAGUCUGUCGGAACGGUUCGAAUCACAGCAGCCCGCACAAACUGAAACCAGCAAGCCUAAAGAGAAUUCCAAGCCAAGCUAGCACCCUUUCAAAGGAGAGGUGUGCAAUCUCCUGCCGUCCACCUGCCUGGCUCUAUUGUGUACUGGAUCUGUUUGCAUAUUAAUAAGUGUGUCAGUUCAGGUGAUUUUUUUUUAUAAAACUGAAGUCAGUGGAGUUGGCCGAUUUUUUUUUUUAUUAGAAAUGAAACCAGGAACACUGGCAGUACAGUGUAGGGUUAAAGUUGGCAGCAGGAACAGCACUAACUGAACGUGACAAGUCUUUGAUGUGUUUACAUUGUACUGGAGGGAAGCUUUUCUUUGUGUGGAAAGGAUCAUUCUAUUUUCUGCUCUUCACAGAUAAUACAGCAGUGGGUAUAUUAACAUCAGUUUUGAUGCGACGAUAUGCCUUGUGAAUGUUUUCAGGCUGUACAAUAAAUACAUUGUGUCAA